CUCGGGGCCAUGGAGUCUCAGGUGGCGGGGGGCCCGGCUGGCCCGGCCCUGCCCAACGGGCCACUCCUUGGUACAAACGGAGCCAGUGAUGACAGCAAGACCAACCUCAUCGUCAACUACCUGCCCCAGAACAUGACCCAGGAUGAGUUCAAGAGUCUCUUCGGCAGCAUUGGUGACAUUGAGUCCUGCAAGUUGGUUCGGGACAAGAUCACAGGGCAGAGCCUCGGCUACGGGUUUGUGAACUACUCUGACCCCAACGAUGCAGACAAAGCCAUCAACACCCUCAACGGCCUCAAACUGCAGACGAAGACCAUCAAGGUGUCCUAUGCCAGGCCCAGCUCCGCCUCCAUCCGGGAUGCGAACUUGUACGUCAGCGGGCUCCCCAAGACCAUGAGCCAGAAAGAGAUGGAGCAGCUCUUCUCCCAGUACGGCCGCAUCAUCACUUCUCGCAUCCUGGUGGACCAGGUCACAGGUGUCUCUCGGGGUGUGGGAUUCAUCCGCUUUGACAAGAGGAUCGAGGCCGAGGAGGCUAUCAAAGGACUGAACGGGCAGAAGCCGCUGGGUGCGGCCGAGCCCAUCACGGUCAAGUUUGCCAACAACCCGAGUCAGAAGACCGGGCAGGCCCUGCUCACUCACCUCUACCAGUCCUCCGCCAGGCGCUACGCAGGCCCCCUGCACCAUCAGACACAGCGCUUCCGGCUGGACAAUUUGCUCAACAUGGCCUACGGAGUCAAGAGUCCCCUGUCGCUCAUCGCCAGGUUCUCACCCAUCGCCAUCGACGGCAUGAGCGGCCUCGCGGGUGUGGGCCUGUCAGGGGGCGCGGCGGGCGCUGGCUGGUGCAUCUUCGUGUACAACCUGUCUCCGGAGGCAGAUGAGAGUGUGCUGUGGCAGCUGUUCGGGCCCUUCGGGGCAGUCACCAAUGUCAAGGUCAUCCGCGACUUUACCACCAACAAGUGCAAGGGCUUUGGCUUCGUCACCAUGACCAACUAUGACGAGGCGGCCAUGGCCAUCGCCAGCCUCAACGGCUACCGCCUGGGCGAGCGCGUGCUGCAGGUGUCCUUCAAGACCAGCAAACAGCACAAGGCCUGAGCCACCGCCGCCCUCCCCACCCUUCCCGGGCAGCAGAGACAGAGAGAGAGAGAGAGAGAUUGAGAGAGAGAGAGAGAGAGAGAGACAGGGGCCCGAGAGAGACAGCGCAGGCAGACCACGGAUGGCACGAGGGCCCCGUGUCCCUGCAGAAGCCACAGGGUGAGCACUCGGUGGGAGGGUCUGCAGGGAAUGGGAGGGCUCCUGGGGGUCCCCCACCCCGUCCUCCUGCCCCUCUCCCCCAGGCUGGGCUGUUCACUCUCUCGUCUUGGUUUUGUUCAUGGUGAAGGUUUUUGUUUCCUUUUUCGGCUAAAGUGAAAGCAGAGAUGUGCCCCCAGCCCACCCUCAACCACCCUCCGUGGAUGGCUUGGGGAACGGGUGCUGGGGGUGCCCUCCCAGGCCCCCUUGCCCAGGCCUCCCCAACACCUAGGUGAGCCUGAGAGGGGGGAACAGGUUUAAAAAUCCCCAAAAAAGCGAAACGUGAGAGGGGUGUGGGCAUCCCUGGCCCAGAGCCCCUUGGAGGAAUGUGAGGAGCAGGGGGAGGGGCUGGAAACA